AUGCAUCAACGGCGCCUCCGGGCAGCAGCCGCGAUUUUGCAGGCUCUGCUGGGAACGCUUUAUUCAUGUGCUGUGGAAGAACGUAGAAACUUCAACCCUCAAGAGAAUUACAAUCGCAUUCAGUACUUCUCUGGUUCAUCUGGAACUAACGAAAAUGCCUCCCAUAAAGUUACCCGAUCAUCGUCCUGUUCUUAUGGUCAACUGGAAAAGCCAAUUGAUGGAAAAGACCUAGAGUACCCAUGGAAAGUUCUUGCCGAAAAUGUACACCGGCAGAUUGAAGCUGUUCGAACUAUUUGUCAAACUGUGUCCCGAUGGAGAACUGGAAAUGGGAUUGGUCAUGGCUCAGACAAAAGAAAUGUUUGGCUCAGUUUUCUGGGACCUGAUAAAGUGGGGAAGCGAAAAUUUGCUGCAUCAUUUGCUGAGACAAUAUUUGGCAGAAAAGAACACUUGCUAUCUGUGGACUUGGGAACUCAAUUUGAGAUUAGAGCUUGUAACUCUGUCUUCGAUCAUCAUGAUUCAAAAUAUUUUGAUUUGAAGUUUGGGAGGAAGAUCAUUGUUGGUUACAUUGCUAAGGAGUUAAGCAAGCAAACACGUUCAGUGAUGGUUCAAAUACUUGCGGCUGACAGGGAGAAUGCAGUUGACCACUGGAUUGAACAGGUUCUUUGUUCAAGCUUAAUGGAAGCCCAUCAGAGGUGUCAUGCUAAUGGUGAUUCUGUAAUGAAAUUAGUAGCUUGCGAAGGAGGUGGUGUGGAAGAGCAGUUUUCUGGGGGUGUUGAGGAAAAGCUAGGAAUUAAACUAGAGAAAAUGCAGAGAAAGGGAGGAAAGAAGGAACAUAACUGA